AUGACAAAAGCAAAACGAAAAGCAGUAUCACGCAAAGGUGAAGAGAUUGACGAUGGAGGUGAUGGUGAGCCUGAAAUUGACGAUGGAGGUGAUGAUGAGCCUGUAAUUGAAGAUGAUUGUGGCGUUGUUGGUGAUGAUGAUUGUGACGAUGUUGAUGAUGGUGAUGAUGAAGAAGAUGAUGAGAACGACGUGAACACUUCAGGGGUCGUAGAAGAAGGUUGUGAAGACUUAGUACAACAUUUUGGAGAGGCUGCAAGAGAUGAUGAAUCUGGGAGUGAUGCAGAUAGUGGAGAUGAUAUAUGGGAUGAUGAGAAGAUUCCCGAUCCUAUGUCAUCCGAUUCUGACGACGACGAUGAGGACGAAGAGCAAGGGCAGCGAGAGAAUGACGAUCCUGAUCAGUUGCUAGCAUUAGGAAAAACUUUUAAUACUCCUGAAGAUUUCAAGCUUGCGGUUCUAAGGUACUCACUGAAAACUCGUUAUGACAUCAAGCUAUACAAGUCGCAAGCUAUGAAGAUUGGGGCAAAGUGCUCGGACACCGAUGUUAACUGUGGAUGGAGAGUUUACUGUUCUUAUGAGAAGAGGAGACAUAAGAUGCAAAUAAAGGUGUAUGUGAAUAACCAUACAUGUGUGAGAUCAGGUUACACGAAGAUGUUGAAGCGAUCAACAAUUGCAUGGUUGUUUUCAGAAAGAUUAAGAAAGAAUCCACAUAUUACAAAACAGGAGAUGGCUGCUGAGAUCAAGAGAGAAUACAACUUGGUUGUAAGUGACGACCAAUGUGGGAAGGCGAAAUCAAAACUCAUGAGAGAAAGGAAAGCUAGUCAUGAGGCCCAUUUUGCAAGGGUAUGGGAUUAUCAAGCAGAGAUUUUUCAGACUAAUCCACACACCAAAUUUGAGAUUGAGACUAUCCCAGGUCCGACCAUUGGCAGCAAAGCAAGGUUUUAUAGGUGUUAUGUUUGUUUUAGUUCACAAAGAGAGUCAUGGAAACAAACAUGUAGGCCUAUCAUAGGCUUAGAUGGUGCUUUUCUGAAAUGGGAUAUAAAGGGUCAUCUUUUAGCUGCUGUUGGUAGAGAUGGAGAUAACAGGAUAGUGCCCAUUGCGUGGGCAGUAGUCGAAGUAGAGAAUGAUGAUAAUUGGGACUGGUUUAUCAAACAACUCUCUGGAAGUUUGGAUCUUGGCGAUGGCAGAAAAGUUUCAAUCAUAUCCGAUAAACAUAAGAGUCUUGUUAAAGCGGUGAAGAACGUUCUUCCCCAGGCUGAACAUAGGCAAUGUGCUAGACAUAUUAUGGAGAAUUGGAAGAAAGACAGUCAUGAUAGAAAACUACAAGAGCUGUUUUGGAAGAUAGCUCGCAGUUACACUAUGGGAGAAUUUACGGACAAUAUGGAAGCAUUGGCAAGGUACAAUCCUUAUGCUUUCGCAACUCUGCAGGAUACUAAUCCUAAGUCUUGGUCCAGGGCUUUCUUUAGGAUAGGUUCUUGCUGCAAUGAUAAUCUAAACAAUCUGAGUGAGUCUUUUAAUAGAACCAUUCGUCAAGCAAGGAAAAAACCUUUACUGGAAUUGUUAGAAGAUAUUAGGCGACAGUGUAUGGUACGUAAUGCAAAGAGGGCUAUUAUUGCUGGAAGAUUGAAAAAAAGAUUCACAGUUAGAGCUCACGAGGAGAUAGAAAAGAUGAUAGCAGGGUCGCAAUUUUGCAUUAGAUAUAUGGCCAGGGAUGAUUUUCACGAGGUUGAAUUAAAUAAUGAUCGUUAUUGUGUGGAUAUGAACACGCUAACAUGUGGUUGCAAGAAGUGGCAAAUGAUUGGAAUACCAUGUGUUCAUGCUGCAAGUGUUAUCAUAGCAAAGAAAAGGAAGGUUGAAGAUUAUGUGAACGACUACUAUACAACAAGAAUGUGGCAGGAGACAUACAGAAGAGGUAUUAAGCCUGUCGAAGGCAUGAAAGUGUGGCCUAGAUUGAAUAGAUUACCUGUCUUGCCACCACCAUGGAGAAAAGGCAAUCCUGGUAGGCCAAGUAACUAUGCCAGGAAGAAAGGCAAAAAUGAAUCUGCGUCAAAAUCGAGCAAGACGAAGCUAUCACGAGCUUUAAGAGUUAUGACAUGCUCAAAUUGCAAAGAAGAUGGGCACAACAAGCAAACUUGUGAAAAUCCGUUUGUUGAGAGUCAACCUAAACGACCAAGGGGUCGGCCAAAGAAAUAUCAGGAGAUUCACAAGCUCAUGGCCUUUCACAAGCACAAAGAGUCUCACAAACAGAAACAGUUUCAGAACCACAAGGAGUCUCACAAGCAGAAAGAGUUUCACAACCACAAGGAUUUUCUCAAACACAGGGAUUUUCAAAAAGAAAAAACGGAGCUGCACAACCACAAGGGUCUCAAGGACAAGGAUCACAAAGAGAAAGAAGACAUGGAGUUGCAAAGCCACAAGGAUUUGCAGGACACGGAUCACAAGGAGAAAGAGAAGGAGUUUCACAUGCUCAAGAUCAAGGUUCAGAAGGAAGAUGGGCACAAAGACAAGGAUCUCAAGGACAAGUAUCUCAAGGACAAGGAUCUCAAGGUUGGGGACCAUGGUUUUGAUGUUUGGUCACAAAUCUUUGAAAUGUAUUUCUGGCAUUCUGUUUUAUGA